CAAACCCUAUUACAUUGUUUCUAAAAUUAUAACUAAUUAUGCUACAGUUUACUUUAAUGAUUAUUUUUUCUUUUUAAAUAACGAUUCUAACAACUAUCACCUUUUUCAAAUAUCUAAUUUUCAUUGAGUUUUACAUAUUAUACUAUGUACAUAAACAAAUAAAUACAAAGUUUGGAGUCAUAAGAUAAUAGAGAAGCAUGUAAGUUAUCCUUUUGAAAACCAUGAAUAUGUGGACGCUUAUAUUUUAUUAUGUUCAACUUUCUUUGAAAUAAUAAAUAUUGUCAAACCCUCGAGGUUGCUUAUAGUAAAGUACAUAUUUUUAAUUUUGUGAGAGUGCUCAUUUUCACUCUUGUUCAACCUCGGCACCACCAUAUUGUUUCCGUUGCCAUUAAAUCGUCACCAAUUUCAGUCCAGCACUCUCAAGAAACACAUUCUAAUUUACUUCCUAAGACACAAAGGAACUUUGUUGAUACCGUUGGCAGAAAAAAUGUUCGUAAUACCCGCCACAGUUUACCCAUCCAUAUCAAGACCGACAUCACCUAUGACAACAUAUCAAUUAUGUAACAACUCUACAGCUAGUCGUGAGAAUCAAAACAAAUUCACACAAAAGGCCAACACUAGCCGCUUGAUCCAUCAAACAUUCUCUCUCUCUUCUGUGAAUGUACAUAUAUGGGUGAGUGAUCCAUAUAGUGAACAUUCAUUCAUUCACUCACUCAGAAAGAGGGUGUGAAAAAAUGGCUCAGGUUCCGUUUCCCUCGAACCUUUUGCCAGUAGAUGGAAGCCCUGAAUGGAUGAGUAGGGCAGACAAUGCAUGGCAGCUUGUGGCUGCAACACUGGUGGGUCUGCAGAGUGUACCAGGGCUCAUAAUAUUGUAUGGUGGAGCUGUGAAGAAGAAAUGGGCAGUGAACUCAGCAUUCAUGUGCCUCUAUGCUUUUGCAUGUGUGUUUUUCUGUUGGGUUGUGUGGGGAUACAGAAUGUCUUUUGGUGACCCACUUGUUCCUUUCUGGGGAAAGCCUGCUAUGUCACUUAAUCAUGUAUAUCUCUUCGACAAGGCCUUUCUGGGGGCCUUCCCUAAUGCCACAAUGGUGUAUUUCCAGUGUGUGUUUGCAGCCAUUACUCUGAUUCUCAUUGCUGGGGCUGUUUUGGGGCGCAUGAACUUCUAUGCUUGGAUGCUGUUUGUGCCUUUGUGGCUCACAUUCUCAUACACCUUCACAGCUUUCAGCAUAUGGAGUACAAAGGGCUUCUUGUCCAAAAUGGGGAUUAUAGAUUACUCAGGUGGAUAUGUCAUCCAUUUGUCUUCUGGGGUUGCUGGUUUCACUGCUGCAUUUUGGGUUGGGCCAAGACUAAACAAGGACAGGGAAAGGUUUCCUCCAAACAACAUCCUUCUGAUGCUGGCAGGUGCAGGGAUGUUGUGGAUGGGGUGGACAGGGUUCAAUGGAGGAGAUCCAUACACAGUAAAUGCAGAUGCUUCACUUGCCGUCCUCAACACCCACGCUUGCACUGCCACCAGCUUGCUCGUUUGGGUCAUUCUUGAUGUCAUCUUUUUCCGAAAACCUUCUGUCAUUGGAGCUGUUCAAGGCAUGAUCACUGGUUUGGUCUGCAUUACUCCUGCUGCAGGAGUUGUGGAGGGAUGGGCAGCACUUCUAAUGGGAGUGUUCUCUGGGUCAAUACCUUGGUUCACCAUGAUGGUGAUCCACAAGAGAUCAAAGCUACUGCAGAAGGUUGAUGACACAAUGGCAGUAUUCCACACUCAUGCCAUUGCAGGAACCUUGGGAGGACUACUCACUGGACUGUUUGCCGAGCCAAGACUCAACACAUUGUUCUAUGGAGCUGCUAAUCAAUACGUUGGCUUUUUCUAUGGUUUCCAUUCCAAAAGGAUACACACAGGGUUCAGGCAAAUGGGGGUACAAAUCAUCGGGAUUAUCUUUGUUGUCUUUGUCAAUGUUGUGUCCACAAGCUUGAUAUGCCUCUUCAUCAGACUUUUUGUUCCACUGAGAAUGUCUGAAGAGGAUAUGGAGAUUGGUGAUGAAGCUGCUCAUGGGGAAGAGGCUUAUGCCAUCUGGGGUCAGGGUGAUAAACUUGAAAAUUCAAGUUCAAAGUAUGGAAGUUCAUUGUAUGAUGAUGUUGAAGCUGGGGCACACAAGAAGAAACAUGGUGGCGUGGUUGAGAUGAUGUAGAACUAGUUAAAUACAUUAUAGUCUGAUCGAUGUCGUUGUCUAGUCUUGUUUUCAAAAACAUGCACACACAUAUAUAUAUAGUAAAAUAAAUGUUGUGUUUCAUUGUAGUCUGGGUCAUUCAACAACAACGUUAUUUUACUUUCCCUAUGUUCAUUCUUCAUAAUAACAAAUGAACAAGAUCGGUGAUGGAAAGAAGUG